GUUAUCUCGUUGCCAUGGGAGCGCUCAAAGAUACUCUUUAAACAGCGCAUGGUAAGUUACUGAAACGUUUCUGCGAAAUAACUCAAGAUGGAGGCAUCUUCCAGUAGGGAAGGUAUGAUGAAUGUACCAGAAGGGGGUCUGUGGAACUCCCCCCGUGUGAAGGAUUACAGCAAGGAAACACAGGAGAUGCUUCAGUUGAUGAUGCGAGAAGCAAAACUCACACAUCGGCAGCAGAGACAGCUCAAAAUGGUCGUCAAGAAGGAGGGAGCCCUUCCUGUGAUCCAUCACUCCAGACCAGUGACAUCAUCUCCACAGCUCAAUAUCCAGGCGAAAGCAGGUGACUUCUCAGGCAAACGACAGAAGCGCAGCGCUGAAAUGUGUCGUUCUGGAAACAGCUACAAAAGAGAAAUGUUCCGCCCCAGUGCAACGCGGGAUCUGGAGAUGGAGAAAAUGAGGCUGCAGAACAUGUUGGUUGAUGGGAAGAAGGAGCUAAAGUCCUGCUCUAAACAGAGUGUUCCCAGCGCAGAGGGAGAACCAGAAGACAUAGAUCGCUUUCAAGAGGUUGUGGACGAGAUUAAAGACCGGAUGGAAUUUUUGGAGGAGAUGUCGGCUCUUGGGAAGAGGAAACAAUACCAAAACAUCAUUGAGGUUGAGAUUUCACAGAAAAUCCGAGAGCUUGAACUGAUUGACAAGACUUUCAGUGCAGACCUGAAGAGUGAACCAGACAGAGAGGCAGCAGGGACAAACACGCCGCAGAAACUGAGAGACAGCCCUUAACUGGUUAACUGGUUGCUAAUUGCUGACUCUGCUACAGAAUGUACUAUGUAUUCAUUUAUUGCACAGGCACUAGUAGGUUGUUUGAUGGUGAUCUGUACUAUAAAUUCUGUAUCAUCUUACUUUUAAAUCAUAAAAUGUAAGCCAUUUUAUUUACAUGGAAAUGCGUAAAACUGCCUAAGGAUAAUAAGGACAUGAAGUAGCCUUUUCAUUUACAGUUCCGUGAAAAAGUAUUUG